AUGUGUUACCUGGUUCUAUUCCUUCUCCUCUGCUCUGGAACUCUCCUGUCUAUAACGCUCAUAGACUACUACCAACACCAAAGAGAUGGGUUCCUGGACUCUGUUCAGAAGGGGUUGCAGUGUAGGAGACUGAGAAAGAGACUGGUGACCAUGAGUACUAUAAAAAAAGUGGACAUUGCCCUGUUCUAUCAGGAUGUGAGAGAGCUGAUGGACUGUCCUUGGAGACUCAACCUCACACACAGAGAACUAUACAGGACAGAGUUGUGGUCGUGCUGUAAUGCGUCUGAUAGGCUGAUGGUGACCAGACAGAACACCAAUCUGAACCAGAGUCUGUCCUACGAGAUACACAGGUGGAAGAAGAGAAAGGUGGAUCAAGCACUAUGGGAGAUGCUGCCUCAGACCGUACCCUGGAGUAAAGGUUCGUUGAGUCGUUGUGCCGUGGUGGGAAGUGGAGGAAUCCUGAAGAACAGCAGCUGUGGAGUGGAAAUAGACAAUGCUGACUAUGUCAUCAGGUUUAACCUGGCUCCUAUCAACAAGAGUUGUGACGUGGGAGUGAAAACAGACCUCGUAACAGCCAACCCUAGCCAGAUCAUUAAAGGGUACACUGACCUCCAGCAGAACCCUGGACACCUGGCAGAAGUCCUGUCAUUCUAUGGUCACGCCCAUCUGCUUCUCCCCGCGUUCUCGUCUGCCUCUGGGACAGCCCCCUGCUUCAAGGUGUACCAUGCCCUCCGUAAGGCCCGCCCCCAACAAGAAGUCGUGUUCUUCCACCCAGACUACCUGUUUGAGCUGGGCAGGUUCUGGCGUCACCGCGGGCAGCGAGCCCGACGGCUCUCUACUGGUCUGAUGCUGGCCAGCACUGCUUUGGAGAUCUGUGAACAGGUUCAUCUGUACGGCUUCUGGCCCUUCCCUCUGGAUCUAUCCCACAAUUCUUUGCCCCAUCAUUACUAUGACAACGUGGGUCCGAACCGCAAAAUGCACGCAAUGCCUGAAGAGUUCCUGCUGUUACUACAACUCCACAGCCAGGGGGCGCUACAGCUACAUGUUGGACCUUGUACACUGACCCCUACACCCUAA